AUGGGUUCCACGUCGGAAAAGAGCGCCGGUGACCGGGAGGAGUCCCCCCUGCGCAUAAACAGCAGCGGACCGGGCACCUGCGACGACGACAAGGUGGACGAGGUUGAGCUGCAGGAUCUCGACCGCAAGAGGGAGGAGGCCGGCGGCGGUAGGCGUCAGUUCCCACGCCUGGGACUCGAUGCCCUCGUGCACGAGUCCCGGCCUUCUGGGGAACCAAAUGAGGACGGGACGUACCAGUUCUACAAGGUGUACAAGAGACGUUGGUUUGGUCUUGUGCAGCUGACUCUGCUGAACAUAGUCGUCAGUUGGGAGUGGUUAACCUUCUCUCCUGUGGCCACCAUUGCCGCCGAGUUCUUUAACACUGACGAGUCUGCCAUCAACUGGAUUUCCACGGCCUUCCUGUUCGCCUUCGUCGUGGUUGUCCCCCUCGUCAUCUACGUGCUCCAUUGGGGCCCCAAGCCCUCCAUCGUGGCCGCCUCGGUCCUCAUGCUGGCUGGCAGCUGGAUCCGUUAUGGCGGCGUUCUGGCCCACCCUCACAACUUUGGUGUCGUUAUGUUUGGCCAGAUCCUCAUCGGUUUCUCCCAGCCUUUUGUGCUCGCAGCCCCGACCCGCUACUCGGACCUUUGGCUCACCAGCCGUGGCCGCGUCGCUGCCACCGCCCUCAUGAGCCUGGCGAACCCCUUUGGUGCCGCCCUGGGUCAACUCAUCAUCCCCUUUUGGGUGUAUUCGCCCAGUGAUAUCCCGAAUGCCGUCCUGUACCUGGCUAUCAUCGCCACUGUCGCCUGCGUGCCUUCGUUCUUUAUCCCUGCGAAACCACCGACGCCGCCCUCUGCCUCGGGCGAGACGGUCAAGCUUGACCUCCACGUGUCGGUCCCGAGGAUGCUCGGGUCCCUUGAGGUCUGGCUGAUCUUCAUCCCCUUUGUCGUCUACGUCGGCUUCUUCAACAGCAUCUCCACCAUCCUCAACCAGGUCAUGGUGCCCUACGGCUUCACCGACACCGACGCUGGUAUCGCCGGUGCCGUGCUCAUCGUCGUCGGCCUCGUCUCCGCCGCAAUCACCUCCCCGAUCCUCGACCGUACUAAGGCCUUCCUGCUCGCUAUUAAGAUCGCCGUCCCCGUCAUCGGCCUCUGCUACCUCGCCUUCGUCUGGAUGCCUGGAACCCGCUCCGACGCUGGUCCCUACAUUGUCCUCGCCAUCCUCGGCGCUGCCUCCUUCAGCCUCGUCCCCGUCGCAAUGGAGUACCUCGUCGAGCUGACCCACCCCGUCAGUCCCGAGGUCACGAGCACCGUUGCCUGGGCUGGCGGGCAGCUGCUGGGCGCCCUCUUCAUCAUCAUCUCCAACGCCCUCCGGGCCGGUCCCGACGCCGAUCCCCCAAAUAAUAUGAACAAGGCUAUGAUCUUUCAGGCCAUCAUCGCCAUGGUGGCCUUCCCUGUCCCGCUAUUUCUGGGCCUCUUUGGCAGACGCGACAAGGUCGUCCUGCGGAGGAUCCUGUCAGACCAGGAAGAGGGGCCGCAUGGGGCACCGGCUCCUCAAGAGUAGAGGCAUCGCAUAGCCAAUCUCACGGAGAAUUUACCAUGAGUGUGUAUCAAAGAGAACACACGUAGAUGGAUCGAUGGAGGGGAUCAGAGGAAGACGGGGGCCGGGGGUGGGCGGCUUAGGCAGGACAUGCGAAGGUCUGGUUUUCUCAACAUUUCUAUCUUGACAUAUCACUGGCUAGGGGUGUAAUAUACAGCCUUGUAGCCCAGGAACAUUAUGACCAUUAUACGACAAGCGCUACGCUAGAUACCCUGAUUAUAUGACGUCUUUGUCUAUACAUUAAUUUAUAAGAGUCGGAAGUG